GCGGGGCGGGCGGGGGGAGGGGGGAGCGGCUUUGCUGGCAGCCCUGAGUGAGGCGGAGACCCGGGCGGAGCGGGCGGCACCGCACCUCGGCCAGAAGCAGCUGCAGCAGCUGCCCUAGUCCCCACCGCCGCCUCUCCAGCCUCUUCUGUCAUUCCACGCCAGCUGCUGCAGACAGAGGACGAGGAGGAGGAGGCGAGAAACUCCCACCGACCCACAGAGGGAGCAUGACUUCGGGAACGUCGCCUAUUAUUUUAAAAUGGGAUCCCAAAAGCUUGGAAAUCCGGACACUCACGGUGGAAAGGCUGUUGGAGCCGCUUGUGACACAGGUAACAACACUUGUCAACACAAGCAACAAAGGUCCAUCAGGUAAAAAGAAAGGAAGGUCAAAGAAAGCCCACGUGCUGGCAGCAUCAGUAGAACAAGCUACUCAGAACUUCCUCGAAAAGGGUGAACAGAUUGCUAAGGAGAGUCAAGACCUCAAAGAAGAGUUGGUGGCUGCUGUGGAGGACGUGCGAAAGCAAGGUGAGACAAUGCGGAUCGCCUCCUCUGAGUUUGCUGAUGACCCUUGCUCUUCGGUCAAGCGUGGCACCAUGGUGCGGGCAGCACGGGCUCUGCUAUCGGCUGUGACACGCUUGCUAAUCCUGGCUGAUAUGGCAGAUGUCAUGAGACUUUUAUCUCAUCUGAAAAUUGUUGAGGAGGCUCUGGAAGCUGUCAAAAAUGCUACAAAUGAGCAAGACCUUGCAAACCGCUUUAAGGAGUUUGGAAAAGAAAUGGUGAAACUGAACUAUGUAGCCGCAAGGCGACAACAGGAGCUGAAGGACCCUCACUGUAGAGAUGAAAUGGCCGCUGCCCGUGGAGCCCUGAAGAAGAAUGCCACCAUGCUGUACACGGCUUCCCAAGCCUUCCUCCGCCACCCAGAUGUUGCUGCCACCAGAGCCAACCGCGAUUAUGUAUUCAAGCAAGUGCAAGAGGCCAUAGCUGGGAUCUCCAGUGCCGCUCAGGCCACCUCACCAACCGAUGAAGCCAAAGGCCACACAGGCAUUGGGGAGCUGGCUGCAGCCCUGAACGAGUUUGAUAAUAAGAUCAUCCUGGACCCCAUGACAUUCAGCGAGGCCAGGUUCCGUCCAUCGCUGGAGGAGAGACUGGAGAGCAUCAUCAGUGGGGCUGCCCUCAUGGCAGACUCCUCCUGCACGCGGGAUGACCGUCGUGAGCGCAUUGUGGCCGAGUGCAAUGCCGUGCGCCAGGCACUCCAGGACCUGCUAAGCGAGUACAUGAAUAACACUGGAAGGAAAGAAAAGGGAGACCCUCUCAACAUUGCAAUUGACAAGAUGACCAAGAAAACAAGAGAUCUGAGGAGACAGCUUCGGAAAGCCGUGAUGGAUCACAUAUCAGAUUCUUUCCUGGAAACCAAUGUCCCUUUGCUGGUUCUCAUUGAGGCUGCCAAGAGUGGGAACGAAAAGGAAGUGAAGGAAUAUGCCCAGGUUUUCCGCGAACAUGCCAACAAGCUAGUGGAGGUUGCCAAUUUGGCCUGUUCUAUCUCGAACAAUGAGGAAGGGGUGAAAUUAGUCAGGAUGGCAGCCACCCAGAUUGACAGCCUGUGUCCCCAGGUCAUCAAUGCUGCCCUCACUCUGGCUGCCCGGCCACAGAGCAAAGUUGCUCAGGACAACAUGGAUGUCUUCAAAGACCAGUGGGAAAAGCAGGUCAGGGUGCUGACUGAGGCUGUGGAUGACAUCACAUCAGUGGAUGACUUCCUCUCUGUCUCAGAAAAUCACAUCUUGGAGGAUGUGAACAAAUGUGUGAUUGCCCUCCAAGAGGGGGAUGUGGACACACUGGACCGAACAGCUGGGGCCAUACGUGGCCGGGCAGCCCGGGUCAUUCACAUCAUCAAUGCAGAGAUGGAGAACUAUGAAGCUGGGGUAUAUACUGAAAAGGUGCUGGAAGCCACAAAAUUGCUUUCGGAAACAGUGAUGCCACGCUUUGCUGAACAAGUUGAGGUUGCCAUCGAAGCCCUGAGUGCCAAUGUCCCUCAACCAUUUGAGGAGAAUGAGUUCAUCGAUGCCUCGCGCCUGGUGUAUGAUGGUGUUCGGGACAUCAGAAAGGCUGUGCUGAUGAUCAGGACUCCAGAGGAGCUUGAAGAUGAUUCGGACUUUGAGCAAGAAGACUAUGAUGUGCGUAGUCGGACAAGCGUUCAGACCGAGGAUGACCAGCUCAUUGCUGGACAGAGUGCACGGGCCAUCAUGGCACAACUACCACAGGAGGAGAAAGCAAAAAUAGCAGAGCAGGUGGAGAUUUUCCACCAAGAAAAGAGCAAGCUGGACGCCGAGGUGGCCAAGUGGGAUGACAGCGGCAAUGACAUCAUUGUGCUGGCCAAGCAGAUGUGUAUGAUCAUGAUGGAGAUGACAGACUUCACAAGAGGCAAAGGCCCAUUGAAAAACACAUCUGAUGUCAUUAAUGCUGCCAAGAAGAUUGCAGAAGCAGGCUCUCGAAUGGACAAAUUGGCCCGUGCUGUGGCUGAUCAGUGUCCUGAUUCAGCAUGUAAGCAGGAUUUAUUAGCCUACCUUCAGCGGAUUGCCUUGUAUUGCCAUCAGCUUAACAUCUGCAGCAAAGUGAAGGCUGAAGUUCAGAAUCUGGGAGGAGAGCUCAUUGUGUCAGGGACAGGAGUUCAGAGCAAUUUCACUACCUUUUAUGAGGUAGAUUGUGAUGUCAUAGAUGGGGGCAGGGCUAGUCAACUUUCUACCCACCUCCCAACCUGUGCUGAGGGAGCUCCGAUCGGGAGUGGAAGCCGUGACUCCUCCAUGCUGGACAGCGCUACGUCACUCAUCCAGGCAGCCAAAAACCUGAUGAAUGCUGUUGUCCUAACGGUGAAAGCAUCCUAUGUAGCCUCAACCAAAUACCAGAAGGUCUAUGGAACAGCAGCUGUCAACUCUCCGGUUGUGUCUUGGAAGAUGAAGGCUCCUGAAAAGAAACCCCUUGUGAAGAGAGAAAAGCCAGAGGAAUUCCAGACACGAGUUCGACGGGGGUCUCAAAAGAAACACAUUUCACCUGUGCAGGCUUUAAGUGAAUUCAAAGCGAUGGAUUCCUUCUAGGACAAUAGGCUUCAAACAAGAAA